AUGGCGCUAAUGGACUGUGACUUGUCUCAAAAUGACCAGCAGUUUUCUUCUGAGAUUUCUCAAGAACCAAGUGACGGCAUACGUGGUGGAGCGCAACGGGUGACGGCCUAUGUGGUGGAGCGCAACGGGUGCUUUGACGUGCUGCUGGACGUGGCUGCUGCCCACAUGCAGUGCCGCCACGACCUGCCGCUCUGCAUCCACUGGGGCAUAUUCCGCUCGGAUCGCUCCACGUGGUUCCUCCUCAACGACUCCCAGACGCCGCCAGGCACCGUGUUCCUGAGAGGAAAGACUGAUGCCAUGCGCACGGUACUGCAGGAUGAUCCCACGCCCGGCCACCGCUCGCUGCUGCUCUCCUUUGACGCGGAGCUCGCCCCCUUCUCCCUCAACUUCGUGCUCUUCCAGCCGCUGCCUGGCACGGCCAUCGGAAACAAGUCGCUGGAAGGGCUCUGGCUCAGGAAUUCCCGGCAGAUGGAUCUGUGUGUGCCCAUCGGCAUGGGCCGCGGCAGCGCCAGCCCUCUGGGAGCCACUCCCAAUGCGGACGGGUCGGUGAACUUCGCCCUUUACUCACGAUACGCCGAGGGCGUUGUGCUCUGCCUCUACCUGCCUGACGACGCCGAACCCACGCUGGAGAUCGAUCUGGAGCCGUCCAUUCAUCGCACGGGGGACGUGUGGCACGUCAGCAUUGAUGCUGCUGACGUCAGCAGCUUCACGCGCUACGGGUACCGGGUGCAGGGCGACCCUGACUGGGAGGGUGGCAACCGUUUCCACUCUCGCCUCGUGCUCAUGGACCCCUACGCCAAGGAGAUGGCCGCCCACGUGCCCGGCCAAGAGGACCUGCCAUCGCCAGCAGCAGCGCUGGCAGUCAUCCCCACCAUGCAAGAGCCGCCCUUCGACUGGCAGGAUGACUUUCCCCCCAACAUCCCAUCGGAGCAGCUGGUGGUGUACCGCCUCAACGUGGCGGCCUUCACAGCGGACGAGAGCAGCGGGGUGAGCGAGGCGGGGCGAGGCACGUUCCAAGGCGUGUUAGAGAAGGUGGAGCACCUGCUGGCACUGGGAGUGAAUGCGGUGCUGCUUCAACCAAUCGCGGCGUUUGACGAAACCCAAGGACCCUACUUCCCUAUCAAUUUCUUCGCCCCCAUGCCCUCCUAUGGGCCGAACGAGUCCCUGAAGCUGCUAGUGAGGGAGCUGCAUGCGCGGGGCAUCGAGGUGCACGUGGAGGUGGUGGUGAGCCACACGGCGGAGGGCAGCGAUGAGAUGCCGAAGCCCAUCUCCUUCCGCGGCAUUGACAACCGCACCUACUACAUCAAUGACGCCUUUGGCAAGCAGGUGGUGCCCGAGUAUGGAUCUCCCAACGCCUUCAACUGCAACAGCCCUGUGGCAAUCAACCUCAUAGUCGACGCGCUGCACCACUGGGUGGAGGAGUACCACGUGGAUGGCUUCUCCUUCAUCAACGCAUCAGCUCUCACCACGGGGCCGCAUGCGCAGCCGCUCUCCCGCCCGCCCCUCGUGGAGGCCCUCGCCUUCGACCCGCUGCUGGCUGCCGUCAAGCUCGUGGCUGACGCUGCCAUGCCGCUGCUCUCCGCACAGAAGGCCUUUGCAUUCCCGCACUGGAAGCGGUGGCAGGAGAUGAACAGUGCCUUCUGCUUCGACAUCCGCAGAUUCGUUUCCGGGCAGCCUGGGCAGAUCAGCGGGCUGGCAACGCGGCUGUGUGGCAGUGGCGAUCUCUUCUCCUCGGGCCGUGGCCCAGCCUUCGCGUUCAACUACAUCACCGCGUUCCAAGGGCUCACUCUGGCCGACCUCGUCAGCUACAGCAUGGACUCAGAGGCCAGCUGGAACUGUGGCGUGGAGGGGGUGAGCGCGGAUGAGGGCGUGAUGAGGACACGGCUGAAACAGGUGCGCAACCACCUGGCGGUGCUCUUCCUCUCACUGGGGGUGCCCGUGCUGACAGCUGGCGAUGAGUACGGCCACUCCAAGGAUGGACAGCUGGCAGCAGAUUACUCCGAGUCCCCCUUCCUCUGGAGUGCCCUGCGCACGGACCUGGGAGUGCAGCUCACUCGCUUCAUCGCCUCCCUUGCCAACUUCCGCCGCCGCCGCACACUGCUGCUGCAGCGCAAGGACUUUUAUUUCGGGGAGGACAUUGUGUGGCAUGGAGCUUUUCCAAACCAGGCCGAAUGGGACAACCCCAACUGCUGCUUCUUAGCCUGCACCGUUCACAGUGCCGGCAUCGAGUCGUCAGCCAAGGAGGCCGCGGAAGAGGCAGGAGUGCCGGUUCCCACUGCCGCCCCGGCUGUAACACCCAGCAUGCCGGUUGGGGAUCUCUACUUUGCCUUCAACGCCCAUGCGAAUGAGAUGGUCGUGGAACUCCCUGCCCCGCCUGUCGGCAUGAUGUGGCACCUUGUGCUAGACACGGCUAAGGACUAUCCGGCUGACACCACAGAGCUACCAGCCCAAGGCAUGCCUCCAUCCAUCGCUGGAAAGUACAUACUGGUGACAUGCGAUGAGGGCGCAUCAGCAAUCAAGGUGGUCGACCGCUUUCCCUUCACCAAUUUCCUGCGGGUUCUCAAGGCUGUCAAGGUGGGGGGUCUCUCCUCCAUCGGCCAAUCGCUGCGCGCCACGUUUGACCUGUUGCACACCCAGCGCCUCGCGGCAGACGUUGACCGAUGGGGCAUGGGUCGCAAUCUUGCUGCCGUGGAUCCAACGGUUGUCAUGCUUCUCACCGAUGGCACGCACUUCACAUCGCGGUUUGGAGUGUCGACGAGUCUGGGCCUGCUACCAGCAACCAACUCCCCUCCACUAGGCGGCGAGCUGGCGUCACAGCCGUUCCGGUGGGAGCAGCGUGUUCUCGCCACCAUCCUGCGCAUCCCCAGCGCCAAGCCGGAGCACCUGGACAGGAUCGGCCCUCUGCCUGCUGCGGGGCCCAUUUCGGAGUCGCCAGCUGCUGUGGCUGUGGACACGAGUGUGUCGGCGCUGUGUGAAGCUACUGGUGGCAAGUGCAGUGUGGUAACCAGCUGGAAGAUGCUCUUUCAGCACCUAGAUAUUGUCGCCUCGCGCCUCUCGCCAGCUGUCGUCGUCUCAUUUGACCAUGUGCCACUACCGGGCGGCGUACCCAUGCCGCCCCAAGUCCACGCUGCAUGCCAACGAAAGCUAUUAUUCGUUCGCAACCUGCCCACCGCCGGACCUGCAGGCUCGGCAGCUGGGUUGGGCGCUCCAGGCGCAGCAGGCUUGGCAGGACAGCUAGGCUUGGCACCACCGCAGCCGGGCGCCGGGCCUCCUCCAGUAGUUUGGCCCAUACCUGAAGCAUUCUGGCCGGAUUUUACCACUCCCAGUUCUGCUACUGCUGCUGCUGCUGCUCCAUUUGUCUCCUCCAGCCCUCCUACCGUUCCUCCCCUCUUUCCUCCUCGCGACCCCCACCCGGUGAUAACCUAUCGGGCGGUAGAUACAGACGCGCGCGUGCUGCCCGGGAUACCAGUGGACAAGUACGAGAUUGAAGGGUGUCCCAUCCUGGGCUUCCUCAGCAAGGCCGGCCCCAACGUGUGCUGGCAGGUGUUCAUGCGAGGGAGCAAGGGUCCGCGGAAUGGCUUGGGUGAUCCCUUUGGGUAUCUCAGAGUGAACCGGCCAGGCAGCUCGCUCACUCUCCACGUCCUGCCGUACAACUACCCUGUGCUGUUCCCUUUGGUAGAGCAGCUCCAACGAAUGCCGCCCCAUACAAGGGCCUCCCCGCCGGCCGGCUGGCGGCACGACUUCGAACGUUACUGCACCGGCGUCCCUCCGUACUACGCCGCCCCACUCCGAGCCGCCAUGCGCAGGCUCGGCGUGUCAGCCGCAGGUGCGGCGGUGCCGGACCUGAUGGACGCCAGCCUGGCAGCAGGUCCAGUGGCGUCGCAGCUUCGGCGGUGGCGGGUGAAGGCAAAAGGGGAGAUCGAAGAGCGGUUGCAGGAGAUUGCAAAGACGGCCAAUCAGAUGGCUCAGUCCGCCGCUGCCCGCCCACCUCCCCUGCCCACGCUCUCUUUCAAGGUCCCUCUGGCUCUACCCUCCAUCGCCCCACUCAGUGCUGUUCAACCGCCCUCUGACAAACCAAAUGAACAGAAGCAGAAGCAGCAGCAGCAGCAGCAGCAGAAGCUACAAUAUCAGCAGCAGCAGCAGCAGCAGAGAGUAGUGCAGCUGCUGCCUCCCCCACCGCCUCCCCGCUCCUUCCCCGUCUUCCCCAUCCCUCCCCCGCCCUCCGCCUCUCAACCCACUCUCUCCCUUGCGUCCACCAAUCCGCUCGUGCCAUCUGUCCCUCCUUCCCUCUCUGGGGCUGUGGAGGCUGGGGAGGCUGGUGCUUACAGCGGAGCUGCUUACAACGGUGGUGCUUAUAGCGCUGGUACUACUGGUGCUGCUGGUGGUGCUGGUGGUCCUGCAGGGGGAUCAGGGGCAGGUUCAGGGGGUGGUGAGGCGCCGGGGGCAAGGCAAGGGCGACCAGCAGGGCAAGGGCGACAAGCAACCAUCUUCACGAACCCGUGUGAAGUUUCUCGGGAGGAUUCUUUGCGGCAAGUGCUUCAGCUGCCACUUCGCCUGGCCGCCAUUCUCAGCAGCAGCAGCCCUGCCUUUGAACCUGGAAAGCCAUCUGCUGCAUAUCGACCCAUGGCAUCACCACUGGACCCAAUUCAAGAGGAGAGAGUGCUGCAGGGAGGGGGGAGGGGUCGGCCAAAGGGGGGAACAGCAGCUGGUGCUGUUGCUGCUGCUGCAGAUAAUGUGGCAGCGCCGUGGUUCACUGGUGGAUAUGACGUUGACAGGUGGCGUGCUCUGAUUGGUGCGGUGGGGAAGUGGGCGCUUCUGGCAGAGGAGGAGGCAAAGCACACCGUCAGCAUCGAAAAGAUGGGCGACUUCAACGACGCGCUCCAGAGGCAGCAACCACCCCGCAGCCCCUAUAUCGACGAUCAGGAUCGCAUCAAGGCGGCACGGACGGCCUUUGGUAACCCGUACCGGCAGGACAAGCCAGACAUGCCCACAGCCAACGAGGCAUUCCUCCGCCUGGACGACCAGAGCCCAGGCGCACCUGGGGCAGGCCCACCCACCGGUGCAGGCUCAUCUGGUGCAGGUUCGCCUGGAGCAGGCUUAUCUGGCGGUGCUGCCGGUGGUACUGCUGCUGGCAGCGGUGGUGGUGGUGGUGGGUCUGCUGCUGCUGGUGCCAGCGCCUCGGCAUCAGUUCCGGCCGCACCUCAAGCUGACCGAGGUUCAAGGCCGGCUGCUGCUGCUGCUGCGCGGCCAGCUACUCACAGCAGCGGUUUGGAAGCGACAGUGCCCCCUGCUGCUGCCGCUGCUGCUGUUUCUGCUGCCGCUGCUGCUGUUUCUGCUGCCGCUGCUGCUGUUUCUGCUGCUGCUGCUGCACCAGGCGCCGUCGCUGGUGCCUCUGGCUCUCGCCCUGGUUCAACUGCAGCAGCGGCAGGAGCAGCAGCAGCAGCAGCAGCAACAGGUGGAAUAUCUGCCGCAGCUGCUCCAUCCGCUCCCACCGCUGCAAAACCAGCUAAAGCAGGAGCCACAGCAGCACCUACAGAUCUCUCUGCUGCUGUUGGCUCUGCCAUUUCUCCAGCCACGGCGGACGAAGACAAGCGACGUGAGCUCAGCCAUCCGCUGUUCAUGCCAGAGAGCUGUUACCGGGCGGCGCAAGCGAUGGAGAGGCGGCAACAGGGGGCCAUGCAAUGGCCGAGAGAAGCGGCCACAAGAGAGGAGAGAGGUUCAGGACAGGGGGAAGAGGCAAGAUUAGUCUCUGAGGGUAGAGAAACAGAGGUAGCAGUGGAGAUUGGGGACCUCCGUGUGGCAGCAGAGGGGAGAGGAACAGGGGAGGUUAGAGGAGCAACAGAGGGUAGAGGAGGAAUGGAGGGUAGAGGAGGAAUGGAGGGUAGAGGAGGAAUGGAGGGUAGAGGAGGAAUGGAAGGCAGGGGAAGAGGGGCAAAGCGGCGGAGGGUGAUAGCUGAGGGGGAGUCGCGGGAUUGGACGGUGGAUGUGGGGCUGGAGGAGCGGGUGGAGGAGCAGGAGGAUGUUGUGGCGCUGGCAAUGCGGAGGGGCAAUCCUCGCUGGCGCACUGUGCGCACGCCAGCUGGCAACGAGAGGGAUCAGGAGGAGGUGGUGGACUUUCUGCUGUCCAUCUACCGGGUGCUGCGGUCAGCACGCCCGAAUAACACGAAGCAGGUGCGAGAAAUGCGCUAG